AUAAUAGCUCCAAACUGGACACAGCCCAGAUAUCCUUCAACACCCAAAUGGUUAAGCAAACUGAGGUGAUGAUCUAAUCAUGUCGGAUGAAGAUGAUAUUGAGACUCCAGUGUUAACUGAAGCAACCUCCAUCCUUGAAGAUGGGAACUGUGAGCCAGCCAAGAAUCCUGAGUCUGUUGACCAAAGUGCCAAACCAGAGAGUAAAUCAGAACCUGUAGCUUCCACUCGGAAAAGACCAGAGUCCAAACCUUCCAGUGACCUUGAGACUUCGGAAGUUCUCCCUGUUCAGGCAUCACAGGCUGCAGGCAAAGAGACAGUUUCUAAAGAUGUACCCCAGAGCGGAUGGGGCUAUUGGGGCAGCUGGGGCAAGUCCUUACUCUCCUCAGCCUCAGCUACAGUAGCUACAGUAGGACAAGGUAUUUCAAAUGUCAUUGAGAAGGCAGAGACUUCCCUUGGAAUCCCUAGUCCCAGUGAAAUUUCUACUGAAGUCCAAUAUGCAACAGGAGAGACACAUGCCAAAGAGAAUGAAACCUCCUCCCCAAUGACUGGGCCCUUUGGUGUAUUCUCAACCAUCUCUACUGCUGUUCAGAGCACAGGAAAGAGUGUUAUCAGUGGAGGUUUGGAUGCCUUAGAAUUCAUUGGGAAAAAGACAAUGGAUGUAAUAGCAGAAGGGGAUCCUGGAUUUAAAAGAACUAAGGGUCUGAUGAACCGGAGUUCUACACUGUCUCAGGUUUUAAGAGAGGCGAAGGAGAAAGAAGAGCUAUGGACCUCCAAUGAGGUUACCAUGGAAACGGACAAGAAAACUCAUUAUGGGCUACUCUUUGAUGAAUUUCAAGGCCUUUCACAUCUAGAAGCUCUGGAGAUGCUUUCCCGAGAAAGUGAAAUAAAGGUGAAAUCUAUCCUUAAUUCUCUAAGUGGAGAAGAAUUAGAGACUCUAAAACAAGAAUUGGAGCAACUCAAAGAAGCAUUUUCCCUAGCAGAAUUCUGUGAGGAAGAGGAAGAAGAGAAAAAAGGGGAUGAAGACUUUACCAAAGAGAUAACAGAGUUAUUUUCCCAGCUGAAUGUCUCCUCCAAACCAGAGAAACUUGCCAGGGCAAGAAAUACAGCCUACGAGUGGAUCAGGACAUCUCUGUCCAAGCCAUUAGAAGAGAAGGAAGAAGGAGAAAAACAGUUGGAAGCAGAAAAAACUGCGCAUAUAAAUAAAAAUUCAAUAGAGGAUAUCCAUGCAUUUGCAAUCCGGAGCCUAGCAGAACUAACUGCCUACUCAAUUGAACUGUUUCACAAAACAGCAGCUCUGGUUCUGCACGGCAGGAAGCAGGAAGUGACAGCUGUAGAAAGGAGCAGAACCCUUUCCCAGAUGACAGUUAUGUUGUGUAAAGAGCUGUCCUCUCUGUCUAAAGAGUUCACCACCUGUCUAACAACUGCCGGGGUCAAAGAAAAGGCAGAUGUCCUUAAUCCAUUAAUCACUGCAGUGUUUCUAGAGGCAUCAAACAGUGCUUCCUAUAUCCAGGAUGCCUUUCAGCUACUCUUACCUGUGCUGGAGAUUUCUCUCAUUGAGAACAGGACUGAAUUACCAGAGGCAUGAGCUGCAGGUUCAGAGACCUUUGUCAGAACAUUGAAGAUGCCACCUGAGACUUGUGAUGGCCAAGAAAUGCCACUUUCUUCUGGGUACCCUUGCAGAAGUGAGGGAAAGGGUUAUUUUACAGGCAGGAGAGCAGGUUUAAAGGAAGUUUGUUGCCUUCACUGCUUGGCUAAUGUAUUCAGGUCCUCACACUGUUCUUCCCAGUUGUUAUAAUUAAUAAAUUAUUUGAAAAGAAACUUUUAUAGAAAGAUCAAGAAUAAUAGCUCUAGAUAGAGGUUAGUGGGACACUCAGGCAAAUAUAUUGGUCUUUCUUUGACAUGAUGCAAAACACUACAGGUUUGUCAUGGAUAUGAGUUUGCAGCCCAUAUAAUUGAUUGUUAAGCAAGAGAAAAAGAACUUCGGUAUUCUAGAAUUCACAUGCUUGAUCUAUUAAUGCCAUGUACUUUCUCCUUUCUAUAGUAAAAUUUAUGGCUUUAUAAACUCUGUAAUGAUUACCCUUUAUUAUGUGAAUUCUUAAAAUUGGUUAGAAAGUUUCCUCUGCUCUUUAAUUCUCAGUAGAUAUUUGGAAUUGAGGAGAAACUUAAGAAUUUACUUGUAGCCAUGUGAAUUAACCAUAGCCGAGUGCCCUUUGGCCUGAAGUCACUCUUCUACCCCAAGGUGACUAGCUUCAAGUUGUAGUUGACCCUCAUUCAACUGGAUUCAAGACCAAUAAGUGCAAUUUGGAGAGUUUUAUGUGUGCAGAUAUUCUGAGUCUCUUCAGGAUGUUUUUCAUGCCUAACCUAUGUGUAGGAUAAAUUCUGUAAUAGCCAACUCUAGAGGAGUGUUGAAGCUCUUUUAGUAAUGGUGUUUCUGUUUGAAUAUUGUUGAAGUGGACUGUAGAGUCCCAUAGAAAUGAUGUUCAUUUGUAAUAGGAUUUAACCUACAAGACACAAUAUAUUUUUCCUCAUACUUUUUUCUUUGUUUUGUUUUAAUUAUUCUUUAGCAUGUUUAUAAACAUAACUUUUAUUCUUCAGAUCUUAAGUCGUCUUUUGCUCUCUUCAGCAAUUUAAGAGACUAAUAGGGUUAUCAUCUUCCUAAAAGCUAUUUUGGUAUCCACUCUUUUUUAGAAAGUUCGCCAAUUUUGUGGUUUUUAAUGAUUCAGGUAACUUUUGUGAACUCUUCCACUCAUAUUCUAAAAUCUUUAAAUAAAAUGUAAUAAUCAUGUCAA